AUGAGAAUCUCAGUCAUCUAUUGCAUUAUUACACUGCUGUGGCAGCAGUGUAUAGCGACUGUAAUUGGUGUUGAUUACGGGCAACAGAACGUGAAAGCGAUGGUGGUAUCUCCCAAGGCGCCAAUGGAUCUAGUCUUGACACCGGAAUCGAAACGGAAGGACGUUUCUGGAUUGGCAAUUAGAAGACUCGGUGAUGGCAUAGAACGCCUGUACGGUUCUGCUGUAGGAUCUCUUGCAACAAGAUUUCCAAAAAACAGUUUGUUGCAUUUGAAACCUCUUCUAGGUAAGACGGAGGCUGAUGAAACUGAUGUACUUCUCUACCUCAGGUCUCAUCCAGGCGUUGAAAUUAAAAAUACCGAUAGAGGCACGUUGGCUAUUUCAGUUGAUGGGGAGGACUAUGGUAUUGAAGAGUUGUGUGCCUUGAACAUACAAGAAAUUAUUAAUAGAGCUGGCAGGCUUCUGAGAGAGAAGGAUUCGUUAAACUUGGACCCGGUCAAUAAACUUGCUAUCACUGUACCUGAUCAUUUUGAUCAGCAUCAGCGUCAGGCCGUAUUAGACGCCGGUAGUUUGACAAUCGAGGAUACCUGUCUAGUGAGUGAUGGUUUGUCUGUGAUGAUGAAUUUUGCAUUCAAGCAACGAGAUUUUACCCAAGGUGAGAAGCAUUACUACAUCGUGUACGACAUGGGUGCAGGGUCUACCAGGGCAUCAUUGUUUUCUGUUCUUCAGCCACUCAAUGAAAGUGAUCCGUUGCAAAUAGAGUAUGGUGGUUUUGGUUAUGACGAAUACUUGGGCGGCUCUAAGUUCACCUUGGACGUUGCUAGUAUCAUCGAAAGUAAAUUUUUGGAGUCGCACAAGAAUAUAAGAACAGCAUUAUUACACAGCAAUCCAAACGCUAUUGCUAAGAUCGUUCAAGCCGCAGAAAAAGCCAAAUUAGUUCUAAGUGCUAACUCGGAGGCAUCUGUGAGCAUUGAAUCUCUCAUUGAUGAAAUUGAUUUCAAAACUAAGAUUACUAGGCAGGAAUUCGAAGAAUUCAUCCAAGAUAGCACUGCCGAUAUGUUCCAACCUAUUGAGAGCGCUCUAGACUCUCAAAUGUGGCAGUCUUUAAUCACCGUAAAAGACAUCCAUGGUGUUAUUCUGACUGGUGGUUCGAGCAGGGUUCCAAUCGUUCAACAAAAACUUGCCAGUAUUCUGGGUGACGACAAACUCUUGAAAAGCGUCAAUGCUGAUGAAGCGGCUGUAAACGGUGCUACAGUUAGGGCUGUAAAGCUUUUCGACGCCUUCAAGACGAAACCGGUAGACAUCAUUGAGCGUUCGCCAACUGAAUUCGCUGUUAAAGUGAUGGAUGUCGAGGAUGUGGAAAUCGUCUUCCAAAGGGGCUCCACUUAUCCAACAAAAAAAGUUGUUCAAAUAACCGAAACAAGGGACAAACCAAAGCCCUUCACUGUGGAUCUGUUCGAGAAUGGCAGGAUCAUACAAACUAUAACCCUUUCUCCAGGCUCAUUAGGCAAAAGCAUUGCAGGGGAUACAUGUGUCGGCGCUAUUGUCUAUAAUGUUACCUUUUCCUUGACCCAGAAUAGACUCUUUGAACUAGAGAAAGCGGAAGUCAUCUGUGUAGAUGAGAAAUCUGCUCAUGAAGAAGAUUCGAGUACCAAAAAUAGCAAGAAAAACUCUAGAAUUGGCUGGUUAGAGCUAUCAAAGAAAGAUCUUCCUUUGACUCAUUUAUCGCAGGGAGAUAAGACCCUUCUGAGAGAGCGCAUUAGGAUGCUUAACCAACAGGAUCAAGAUAGGUUUGAAUUCGAGGAAGCCAAAAACCAGCUAGAGGGCCUUCUGUAUGAAGUGAGAGGCUUAAUAGAAGCAGAAGAUGUCCUUGAGAAUGGGCCAAAGGUCCAUCUAAACAAAUUGGCUCAUAUUAUUCCUAGGUACCUGGAAUGGCUAGAAGAUGAAUCUGACGGUGCAAAUAAAAUAGACAUACUUUCUAAGAUUGCUGAAAUCAACGAUCUCAAGGCCAAAGUGGAAAUAUAUGUCGAGUCCUCGUCCGAACCACUAGACGUGCACCAAUUCAAGAGAAUGUUGAAGAGAGCUGAUGAAUUGAUCAAAGAAUUGGAAGACGCAAAGGAGGUUACUCAUGGUGGAUUGGCUUCAAUCAACGAAACGUUCAACCAAGCUGGCUAUAAUUCCCAACAAGAGUUUGCAAAAAUCAACCUACCUCAUUAUAUCUCGAAUCCGUUAAGCGGGUGGCAAGAUAAGCUGAAGACAUUGAAAGGAGUCGUGAAAUCCGUGGAUGAACUGGUGUCUGUUGGUUCAGUAGACAAGAGGAGUCGCGAGGAUCUUUUCGAGUUAAAGCUGGCAUUUGAUGAGGCUUGCAUAGAAGUCGAUGAAAAGAUAAAACUAUUCAACAAAGCUCGUGAUUACCAAUUCCGGGAGCUUCUUUCUUGGUACCAGAGAGCUGAGAAAGCUAAGAAGAGACGGGAGGAGAAGCUAAAGAAAAGCAUUGAAGAACAAAAAUCAGCAAAUCUAAGUAGCUCGGCAUUCGAAGAGGUUUCAAGCUCGACGACCAUAUCAUCGCUACUUUCAUCCACAACUUUUCCCGCUUCGACUACAGUUGAAGUUGACGCCUCAGUAACUACAACAACUACAGUGGAGACGAUAAUUCAUGAUGAAUUGUAG